AUGAAAGAUCGCAAGAAAGCGCCUCCUUUUCACGAAUGCGAGUUAAAACUUCUUAUGAAACUUUACUGCGAUUCAUACGAAGAAUAUCAUGGAAGAGGGAAAACCAGCGAAUCCGGAAAAAGUGGUCCAAGCGACAAGAAAAGCCUGCUGAGGCGAUUCGCUAAGGAAGUGUCUGAUUUGGGAUUUUACCAACGCACCGAAAAGCAAAUUGAGGAGCGGCUUCGCGCCGAUUGCAAACGGGUGCGGAAGCAUGAGCGAGCGCGAAUUCAUGAAGGGCAGGAGGCGGUCAUCAACAGUCUGCCGUCAUAUCUGCAUCAAUUAUACGAAUGUCGUAAAAGUAGGGCCCUGAACGGUUCUGCCAGUGCAAACCACGAUGACGAGCUUGAUGACCACCACCCUGAUAUCGCCGAUGACUCUGCAUUCGAUUUGUCACAGCCUUCCACUUUAAAUAAGAUAGAAAUAAUGACUCCGCGUGAGGGCAGCCCGGUGGGGGAGCCACCACUGAGCGAAAUAUUUACGGAGAUGGAUGAUGUUGCCGAUGAAACGGCGCCGACAUCCACCACACCCAGUCAAAAAAGAGGACCACGGAAAUGUGUCAGGACGACGUAG